CAAGCGGGCACCGUGCGGCAGUCAAUCGGUGUCCGACCAUCGGAGUAGAUUUAAGUUGUUCACGCAUUUGCGAAGAAAUCAAACGAAAAAAAAAAUCCAACAAACGAACUUUUAGCGAUAAGAACUGCACCAUUCUUUGAUUAGAAAUAAAACGAACAAUUGCUUAAGUGACUCCCCCUCUGUGGCUUUUAAUUGUGAUUCAUCUGUGGACUAUUUUUUUGCACUGAUUUUUGCGCAAAUAAGACGGCUUUUUAUUGAUUUCUUUGCUUUUUUUAUUGCUCUCAAAACACAAUUCGAACGAAAACUUUUUUUUUACCCAUUUUCCGUGGGUGGUGAAAAUUUUUGCACAUAAACAUCGAUUUUAUAAAUCCAGAGAGUGCCGAUACAUUCUAUGUAGUCAUAAAAGUCUGGCACAAGUGGAACACAGCAUAGAAGUUUACACACAAAACGACACAGUUGAGAACGAAAACUCAGCUGUUUGGCUAAAGGAUUAAAUCUUUUUUUUUGUGUAUUUUAUGCGUUGGAUAAAUCGAUUAUUGCGCGAGAAAUCAGCGAAUUGAGCAGUCGCAUUUGGGAAAGAUUGACUCAAUUCGCGACAAGGAGCCAUACGACGAGGUCUGUGACUCAAUAACACUCUGGGUUGGACACGAAGAGCUCGUGGUGAUUUUCUGUGAGACACAGAGGAGGUUUUCAACCAAAGAAAAAAAUAUGGCAGAAAUCAAGCAGAAAAUCCCCAGCAGCAAAUCCAAUGAAUCCAUCAAUGUUGAAAUUUCUGGUUCAGCAGAACGGCAAAAGUGCUCACGUGAACAGUGUGAUGAAAAACUCAGUGAAGAGUGCCAAGUGUUGAAUGAGGUGUCAGUGGUGAAGAAGCCACCCGUUCCGAUUAAGCGGAAGAAGACAAUUGUAGUUGUGGAGAAGAGUUUUGCAGAAGUUGACUCUGAGGGGUCGAAUGCCAAAGUUGCCGGCACGACAAAUAAGAGACUCAAAAUGGACGAUAAAGUCGUCACCGCGAAACCCCCGCUACCACCGAAGCCAGCAGCAUCAGUGAAAAUUGCACCAAAGACAGACAAGGUGAAGAGGAAGGCCGAGGAGAAUAGGGCCACCCUUGUGCAGAAACUCAAUGCCUAUGCCGAGCAGCUGCGCCUUGAAGUCACCGAACUGAAGGCCUCCCUCAUCACCGAAAGAAAUGCCGUGAGAGCUUUAAGAGCACAAAUAGAGGCAAACACUAGAAAAGCCAAAGUUGAAACAAAGAAGCACCAAGAAGCUCAACUUAGAAAGGUCUCAGCAGCACCACUCCAGGGAUCAACUUCCGCCAAGAAAAUAAGCAGCCAGAAGAGAGAUGAACCCGCAACGGCUUCAAUUGGCAUUGAGUGCUCCCUCCUGCUGGACACAGGAAAACUCAGUCAGGAAAUUUCCAUUUUGCGGGAUGCUAACAAGUGUCUGGAGGAAAAAUUUCAGAUCACUUCUGAGGCCGAGAAACGGAAAUCUGCCGAUAUGAGAGAACUGAAGGAUUCGUACGAGCUACGAUUGACUCAAAUAACGAAAUCAGCUAAAACCGAAAUUCAUCGUUUGUUGGAAGAAAUAAAGUUCAAGGAUCGUAUGGUGCGACAACUGAAGAAGGAACUAAUGCGGAAAGACGUUAAAAGACUUGAGACAAAUGUGAAAAAUUCGAAAAAUCAUCAAGAUAUGCGAAAACUGAAGGAACCUGAGCGAAGCAGCAGUAGCAGCAAUACGAAUUGUAGUAAAAUGACGACGUGUGGUGGAAAUGAAUUCGUUUCAAUGCCACACGAAAUACCAACACGAAUUUUGGAAGCUCACAAUGAACUUCAUAUGUUUAGAAAUAAGGACCCCGCGGGAUCAGACAAUGAUUCAGCACUCUCCUCGGCGCCACCGUCUCUGAGUCCACAGCCCAACUCACCUCCGGAUGUGUGGCAAACGUACAAUACAAAAGAAGUCGUGUGCCAUGGAAGUUUGCAGAAAGAAAUUGAUUUCCUACAGCGAGAAAAUGAUGCCCUAAAUGUACAACUGUGUGCGUCACGUGAGAAGAUUCGGGAGCUGGAAAAAGCAUUGAUUGUGACACAGAAUGGCAAUCAUACACAGCACCUGAUGGAGAAGAUAAGACUUUUGGAGCAGAAGGAGUCAGAACUGCAUAAAGAGGCAUACGAGCUGAAAGAGCAAAAUGAAUUACUGGAGUUUAGGAUUGUUGAAUUGGAGGAAAGUCACGACAAGUGGUCACUCAGAAGCAAUUCAACUCCAGACACGCGGGAUGUGUGGACGGAUACGGAGAAAGAGCACGACGAUCUCAUGAUGUCUGAGCGAUCGGAUUCAGGAGUCACCUCGCCGCACAGCCACCAUCAGCUAGACGAUCGAACCAGUUUACCAUCGCCAUGUGAUUUAUCUAUGAUCGACAGCAUUCCCAAUGAUGAUGUCAGAAAGCGGAUUAUUGCAAUGACAAAGAGACCCUGCUACGAUGAUGAUGACAAACUCUGCCUCCUCCAAAUACUCUCUCUCCUCAAUAAUCUCGAGGCUCUGUCGCAGGAUCAGGAAAUCACCGGAGAAUUCCUCAGCCUGGACGCCAAUCAAUCCCGGCGAAGUGGAUCAACGGAAAAUUACAGUGUUUUAACCGAGGAGACUCCGAAUCGGUUGAAGAAUCAAGCAAGGAUCGUUGCAACAGUUCAACCCUACAGCAGUGGUUUGGACUCCGAGGAACCCAUCAAGCCUCGCUUUACCUCCCCACCAAAUACUCCCGAGACCUGCGGCAAGCGUGGUAAGAAUCUCUCCACAAGUACCCUCCAGGAGAGUGGGGUCUUCGACACAGAUCCCAGUGACGCUGUCACCCAAAGUACCCAAACCAGCCCUGAAGAUUUUCCCGUCUACGAGGCGCGUAGUGGUGAUCUCACGGCUGAGAUUCAGAAGCUAAAUAAAUUCAGGGAACGCAUCGAGGAGUGCGUAACAGCCAAGAAGUCCAGUGUUGUAAAUCUCCUCUCGCCGGAGCAGAAGCGUCUGCAGUACUACAAGGAACGUCUUGAGCUCCUUGAGAAUAAGAUUCUCGUGUACGAGAGUAGUGGGGAUCUGCAGGUGCGUCGGCUAGCUGAGCGUCUUCAGCGGGAGAUUCACCUUGAGGCGCUCGUGAAGCAACUCAGUGGGAAGCUUGAGGAACUCGAGAAGGAGAAUCGCAUCAUCGACGAGGAGCGGUGUGAAUUUGAGGAGGCAGAAAACGAUACGCGGCUGCGGCUACAGAGGCUGGAGGUGGAAUUUGAAAUUCUCAAUCAGCGCAAUAUUGAGCUAGAAAUGUCCCGGGAGGCAUUGCAGUUGAAGCUGAAGGACACCCAGAGGCAUGUUGUGGCGAUGGAGGAUCAAAUUGAGGAGUAUCAUGCAAAGUUCGAGGAGGUUGAGAGUGCCAAAAAUAAUCUCAGUUCAGUCAUGGAGCAAAUACAAAAGGCAAUGCCCGUGCUAUUUCUCUAUCAUGAAUAUCAGCUGAAGCAGGGCAUAGCUGAUGCUGUUCCCAUCCCAAAGAUUGGAAAUUCCGAUGGCAUUUCAUGCAGUAGUGCAUCCAGUGGGGAAUCCACAAAUGGAGGAAGUAGUUCAACGGAGAAGGAGCUGAGGCUCAAAGUUUGCGAGCUGACGAAUCGUGUGAAGGAACUCGAGAAGGGUAUUGAUGAGCUGAAGCUGGCCUACAAUGAGACUCUCGAGAAUGCUGACAAUCUCUGGGCACAAAUGGAGAAAGACUACAAAGAUCGUCUUCAGCAGAUGCAGGUGAAUGAGCAGAAUAUGAAGGUGAAAAUUGGGCAACUUGAGGAGCGUAUUGUGAAGGAUUCUCAGUAUGCCCAGGAGAGGAUGGGUCAGAUGGAGGACAGUGAGUUUGCGCUCAAGAAUCAAAUUUGCAAACUAAACCGAGAGAAUAAGGAGCUUCUGAAGAAGUACACAGCUCUCGUGGAGGAGUACAAUGUCCUCAAGGAGGAUUGUCAGAAUCUCAAGAACUAUCUUGAGGGCCCAGCAGCUGUGGUGCUGGACAAGGAGAGGAGCAAAGUGAAGACACUCGAGGAAGAUCUCAAUCAUUCGCAGCAAAUUCUCAAAUCAUUGGAAGCAAUGCACAAGAAUGAUGCUACAACCCUAAGGAGUCAAGUGACAAAGGCCAAGAAGGAGCUGGAGCAUGUAAAGGUGACUAAUCACGAGCUACACGAGGAGGUGGCAACGCUGGAGACGAGAUUGAGGGAAAUGCGAAGGAUUAAAUCCGCCGAUGAUGAGACAAUCAAGAGUUUAUCGCAGGAAUUGCGAGCAAAACAGAUUCAAUUGAAUAAUCUGCAGCAGAUGAUUAAACAUGGUAGCCCACCCACACUGGCUCAGGAAUUGGGUAACAAGAGGAUAUGCCUGGGUGAUCCGAAACCCCUCAAGAAGGCCACUUUUGAGCUACAGAAUUCCAUUAAGAGUUUCGAGGGCUGCAAGAAUUGCUCGAGUGCCAAUCCUCAAGUUGCUGAUGUGUGCAAAGGUGUUAAGCGUUUAGCUAAUUCCCUACUGGAAGAUGCUGAGCCUGGGAAAGCUCCAUCAAAGACUGAUGAGGUGAGUAAAUUUGGGGGUCCGGAAUCACUGGGAAUGCUCGGGAAAGCUCCUUUAGUCCUCCAAGCUCAUGUUUCCUCGAGAAAUUGCUUUUCUUCCACUGAAAUUCUCUACUACAAAAGCCCCAUGAAGAAUUCUCAAUCAAUUGAAGAUACAAAUAACUCAAGAACUUCAGCCAUUGAGGGUAUUCUCGGGGGAAUAUUGGGUGAAGAUGAAAGUCUUUCCCACAGAAGUUCACCACAAUUUUCCCAGCUUUCUCCGAAACUUUUCACCGAUGGCACUAAUGACAUGGGCGGGGAGGAAAUGGGGGUCAUGGGUGAAGGUGAAAAGCAACAGGUGCUGCAGACAAAAGAUAAAAGUGGAGAAUCAUGCAAAAGUCUUCCAAAUCUCAUGAGUUCACGAAGUUCAAAUGCUUCGCUCAUUUCGGGUAUUUUGAGUAAUUUACUCAACAUUCGGAGGAAGCACACGUUCAAAUCCAGCAGUGAUGUAUCAUAUUUUGGCGUGCUAUUUCCGACAAAGACUUCAUUGGUGUGCCAAACAGCUUCAACAAUCGGAAGUGGGGUACCACAUCUGCGUGAUGGUGUGAACAUUCCAACAAAAGUCGGAAGUGUACCGAUAAAAGAUUUACGGCAUGUUGAACAGUGCCCAUCAAGGCAGAAAAUUUUACAAUCAUUCCAUGAUAAUGAAGAAAGUGUGAGCAAAGAACCAGAAAAUAUUAAUCGUGUGAUUAAUGAUACUGCAGAGAAAGAUUUGUGUACUUUCGUUUCGAGAGAGAUCUCCCCGGGAAAUUCCUACAGCAAAUUGAGCGGACACAGUGUACAACAUGUGGAGGAAGUUUGUAAAUCAAAUACUGUGGGUAGGAAAGAUGAGCAAAAAAUUAACAAAGAUUCUCAAAUGAAUGGAAUUUUGAAGGAAACUGCGGUAAAAAAUGUGAUUGAUCCUGAAAAUAUUUCUGGGGAAGCUUUACAGGAAGUUCUUGUGGCAAAAGAAGUCUUUGAAAUUGAUGGAGAAAGGAAAGCUUCUUCUGAGAAAAUUAAGGAUUCUAACAAAAGGACUAAAACUCUGGAGAAUGCUUCUGAAACUCAAAAGGAUUCUACAGAAGAAAUUGCAAAUAAUCCUACACCGGAAGUGAAGAACAAAGAGAUCUUUGAAACAAUUAACACUGAACAAAAGGAGCCAAAUAAGGUCCUUAAAGAAAGCCAAGAAGUAGAUCCUUUCUCCGGAUAUUCCUUGGAGAAUUUUAAUCAAAAAUCUAAUGAACAAGGAGAUGAAAAAAUGUCUACAAUUGCAUCGGAAAGGACAUCCUGUUCAAAUGACAAUCAAUCAUCAUUUCCUUAUUCACCUUCGUCAAGAAGUGAGGCAAUGUACACAGCACGAGAGGAAUUAUCCACCCCCGCUGCUUCACAGAAAAACCCUCCAGAUGAGAAAAUUCAUGAAAAUUUGUCUGCAAAAUCAGAAACUCCAAAAAGCUCCAAAAGCACCCCGGGCAGUGUUUCAGAAAGCUCCAAGGAGUGGUUCUUUGGGGACAAGGCAAAAUUCCAUUAUAGCUUAUUUGAGGGGAAGAAAAAGGUCACUGUUACAGCUGAAAAUGAAGAUAAUAUCAAGAAAAUGACUGAAGAAAUUAUUUCUUCCGUUAUUGAGUGUCUCAGUAAAUGUCCUUCAGGAAAUAAUUCAGAUGAGGUCAGUAAUAAAUUAAAAGAAAUCUACUUGCAAAAUGAUCAGGAAGGACUCGGAAUGCCUUCUGAUGAUGAUCAAUUGAUCACACUUUCGGAAAUUCUAAAUAUAAAGAGAGAACUUUUUGAGAUGCAAGAAAAACUCCCCCAAACUGAUUCAAUAUUUGAGGUGGUUAGAACUUUAGCAUGCCUUAUUAGGGAUGAGAGAUGCAAGCACUUUUGUGGGAUGAAAAUUAGGCAAUUGACGAAAAUUGUGAGAAUUUUGGUUGAUGGUUGGCGAAAGGGGCUAAAUGCCGAGAAGGGGGAUGCGGGAUUAAUGGCAAAAGAGGAAUUUUCCGAAGGAUCUACAAGUGCAAGAGGACAUUCAAGCACAAUGGGCAAGACGACAAUUGUUCAUAAAUCCUCCGGGGAAAGUCAUCAUGCUCUAACAUCAACAGAUAUGGAUGUUCUCUGGGAAACAUUCAGUGAAAUAUCCCAAAUUAAGGAUAAAUCUUCAGGUGAAGGACAUCCUUCGAAAUACAUCGUUGAUCUUGAAAAUAAUCUCAGUGUUCUCACGGAUUUUAUCGAUCAACUCGAGGCAAAGGAUCAGAAGAUCAAAGGAAAGAAAUCUCUCUCAUCGAUUGAUAAUCUCAGGAAGAGCCUUAAGGAGAGCAAGAAAUUGUCCGGAAGUUUUCGAUCGGGUAGAUCUAAAAGAAGGGCAGAUCAUCUCCAUGGAUUCUCUCCUAAAAUGUCAUUGAGAAGCUCCAACGAUGAGAGGCCUGUUGAGGAAAUGCUUGAAUCGGCAAGGAGUUAUAUUCAUUCAUUCUAUGACGCCUUGGAUGAUCACAGUAGAAGAAAUUUUCAGGACACCUACAGGAAUAUUUCGUCAGCACUGGAAGCUUUGCGAUCAAUGACCAAUAGAACGUCAAGUGAUUCAAGUCCAGGACAUUUCCGCUUUUGAGAAUCUGAUUUCGAAAUUUUAGUUAUUCUUAAUCCUGAUGAUGCUAUUCAAUAUAUUUCUUAUCCUUUUAUUGGGGAUUUAAAUAAAUCAGAUUAAAUAAAAUAAACUUAAUAAUAAUAAAUAAAUCAUAAUUUGUAAUUUUAAUUCUUUUAUUAUUCUAUGCUGUUCUUUCAAAGACAAGGAAUAAACUCUAUUGUUCUAAGGCUUAGAAAAAUUUUAAUUCUAAUCAUUUUUUAAAUAUAUAAAUGUUGAAAAAAAUUAAAUGAUUUCUUUAUUAAUGGCUUGAAUUAUAGGAGAAAAAUAUGGACGAAGAGAGAACUUUGAGAAUCCUAACAAUCCUUCGUUUAGAAUUUUAGAAAUUAAAAAUUCAAAUUAAUUCUCUCAGUAAUCGAUAAAAAAUUGUUUGCCAGCGUUUAAAAAAUUCUUUUAAUCUUUUAAAAGUUAAAAAAAUAUUCUUAAAAAUCCAAUGUUUGACAUGAAAUGCCCAAAUAACUGUGGACAGGAUGAUUGUCCAUUUGUUUGUGAUUUAAAAUCUCGUAAGACACCCCCGCGGACGCUCAAAUUCUAUAAUCAAAUUCAAAUUCAAGAAAAUUCUAAAUUACAUAUUGUUUUCUCUUUAUAGCAGUUUUACGGUCGAUUCGUGACAUCCGUGUAGACAAUGAGGGAACCUUCCAUAACAUCCAAGGAGAAAAUCAAGAAUCAAAA